AAGCGGGUAACUCCGCAGAAACUGUGUCAGUUUCCCCUAGUCCGCCCACCGACCUAGCCCCCUAACAAGCUCCCCACUAAACCAUGGAGUCCGAACAGUCAUUCACACCCCUCCAUACAACCUUUCAAACCCAGCUGACGUCUGAGGAUGAACACAUGAUAGCGGCCAACCGCAAAACUUCGCAGUCACUAUCGCUGACCAAGUGGAGGACGAGAAUAUCUCCGACUCUGACUCCGACAACCCAGACACUGCCCAAUAUAGCCCCCUCCUUGGGAAAAAUCAUCAAGGAAGCGGGAAAAACAAAGAUCUCACUUCAGCAACCGAAAAUGAAACGAGGAAACACGCGAGAUCACCCACUGCCGCGAGAAUUCAAGGCCCCCUAAAGCCCCCCCGCUUCCUCCCUCUAAAAGCGAUGAGGCCCCCCCUCAUUACACCCCAGAACCAAAAAUCCUCCCUCGUGCCUACUCCCGACGUCUUCGACCUCGGGUCGGGUGGUUCGGCAGCCUUCCAAAAAAACACAAACCCCAUUGAAUUCCCCCCAUCCCGAAGCCCGGCCACUGAAGGCAACGGAUCCCCCAUCGCCACCGACCAACCAACCUUCAUGCCGGUAACCGCUGAACAACCCGACGACGGAAGAGAUGAUCUUAACUGGCUACCACUAGCACCCGACCUAGCAAACUUUUACGCACACGGCCUCCACCCAGGCCGCCUCCUUGAAGGAGUGAACCCCGACCGUGCCAAAGCCUGGUUAGAAAAGGCAGGUGUUAUCCUAGCCAUGCCCCUUGACGCCGCCCACGGCGAAGAAAACACUAGUAACUUCCAAACCAACAUGGAAGCCUUUCUAGAAAGGGCGUUCCCAGACCAAGUCAGGGAAGUAAACAUCAUCCCCCCUGUCCCUAUUGACCUUAGACAUGGUGGAACCCCCCAAUAUACCAAACCGUGGGGCUUCCUAAUCGAAGGCCUAAUCCCCAAUUUGCCAACCUCCUUGUACAUGAACACCUAUGGAUAUGCAAAAUGCUAAAAGACGUGAACAACAUAAAAGAAGUUGUCAAACAAACAAUCUCCAAAAACCCGAGCCCCUUCCAAAAAUUCCUCAAGGAGGCAAGUAUGACAGACAAUCAGAUAAGGGAAAUCAUGGACAGUGUCAGCAUAAUCCUGAGAGGA